AUGUUUCGACCCGACUAUUGGUCCGACGACCCCAUGGAAGGUGUCCUUGGUGGCGGUAUGAUGCGGCCAGGUGCAGCCCCCCGUCGCUUCGAUGAAUACUAUCGGUGCUAUCCAGUAGCUAUGCUGCCUGGCCCCGAGCGUGAGAAUGUGAACCAUGGUGGCAAGGUCAUCAUGCCGCCCAGUGCUUUGGACAAGCUUACACGCCUUCACAUCACAUACCCUAUGCUAUUCGAGCUACACAAUGGUGCCAAGGAGAGAAUGACCCAUGCAGGUGUUCUUGAGUUUAUUGCCGAGGAGGGCAAAAUCUACCUACCAUUCUGGCUCAUGCAAACCUUGCUCUUGGAGCCUGGUGACCUUCUCCAGAUCAAAUCCACGGAUCUUCCCCCUGGCCAGUUCAUCAAGCUCCAAGCACAGUCCACGGCCUUCCUUGACAUUAGCGACCCGAAAGCCGUUCUUGAAAACGCGUUCCGGAACUUCUCCUGUCUUACCAAGGGCGACGUGUUCACGUUUUCCUAUAAUGAUCAAGUCUACGAGAUGGCUGUCCUGGAGACUAAACCCUCUGGGGCUAAAAAUGCGAUUUCGGUUUUGGAAACCGACUUGGAAGUUGACUUUGCCGCGCCUGUUGGAUACGAAGAGCCGCAGCGGACCAGUGGUACAAGCACACCUGGGAGUGCCAUCGGUGGAGGGAAGCUUCCCGCGGGUGGACUGUUGCAUCCUCAGGGAAGUAUGGCACAGUCUAUCAACUACGCCGCCAUCGCGCCCGAGUCCACCGAUGCCGCUGCUGGAGCCCGGGCUGUGUCCUCCAAUUUCUUGUCAGAGGGUCAGCGUCUUAACGCGAAGAAGGGCAGCAAAGCCCCCACGCCGAAGGCGAGCACUCCAACUCCCGGCACUGUAAACCCUCAACAUCCCCCGCCUGUUCGCAGGACCAAUGGCCCUCAGCCUCUGCGACUACCUCCCAAUCAGCUAUUCUUUGGAUACGCGAUCAAACCUGCCAAGCCCCGUGAUGAGAAUGGGCAGGUGGUUCCUGAAGAUCAGCCCAAAUUCCAGGGAAUCGGUCAGACGCUUCGCGGAAAGAAAAAAGACACUGGUGGAUCGGCCACCCCUACGUCAGGGAGCGAAGCUGACAGCCAGAAGGGCAAGGCAAGCGGCCGCACACUUGGGAGCACCAAGCGGUAA